AUGACAGACAACGCCCCUAUCUCAACUUCAACCAAUGAUACCCAAUCUGAAUCCAACAUACCUUCUAAUCCAUCCGCUUCACCUUCCACUCAACCUGCAUCCAUCCUCCCUUCCACUACCAUUUCGACCGAGACGAAAUCGGCAUCGGCCACUUCAGAUUCAAUCCCUCCUGCUUCCACCGACCUGAAAAACAUACCUGAACCUGAACCCGAACCCGAAUCCAAACCCAACUCAAAUACAAAUCCAAGUUCAAAAGGAAAAGCAAAGCCCAAGGGACUUACCAAGGGAAAGGGAAAGAAAGCAAAAGCUAGACCUAGACGUAGAGUAGCAGGUUCAGAUGCAGAUUCAGAUCUCGGCAAUCAACAUAGCGGAGAUGAAAGUUUAACUGACCCUUCAUCGUUUGAUUCAGAAUCAGAAUCAGAGGAAGAGGAUGAUGUUGAAGAGGAAGGGGAAGGGGAAGGGAAAAAAGGAGGAGGUAAAAGUGGGAAGAAGAAGCCUGUAUUUGAAGAUACAAAUGCUACUACACCAGCAGCAUGGAAUGAUAAAGAUCAACAAGACUCAAAUGGAGUGGAAGUCUCUUUUGACGAAUUCAAUCGCGGCGAAAUUCCUUCAAAGGUUAAAGGAAAAGAAAAGGCAAAAGCUAAGAAUGAUACAACAGGUACAACUGCACCUGCACCUAAAAGAGAGUACACGGAAGAGGAGAAUAAGCGAUUCCAGGAGAUGAAAGCUAAAAGAAAGGAAAAACAAAAAGCUAAAAGAGCUGAAAUCAAAGAAAACAAACGUAAAGAACGUAAUAGUACCUCUAAUAAACCCGUGAUUGACGAAUCGAAACCUGCAGACGAUGUAUCGAAGAAAAUCUCAAUCAAAGGAAAAGGAAAGAAAAAGGAUACCUCAGAAGUAGAUCAAGUAAUAGCUUCGACCUCUUCAAUGACAUUAGAAGAAAACACUGUUCCUUUGGUAGCUGAUGGUUCACCUCCUCCUCCAGUGGCUGCUACUCCUGCGCUUGCAAAAGGUAGAAGAGAUUCCAAAUCUCAAGCGUCUCGUGACAAGAACAUGAAUGACCCUAAAGUUGUGCCUAAAGUAGGAAAAUUCUGGACACACGAUCAACGUGCCGAUCCACCUAUCGUAUCUGAUGGAUUCGCAGGGAGGGGUCUACCAGAUGGGAGAGGCAGAGGUAUGCCCAGAGGCGGUUUCCGUGGGAAUCCAGCUGGGUUCAGAGGAAGAGGUGGAAGAGGAGGGUUCGUUCCUCCUCAAUUCGGUCGAUUCCCUCAACAGAUCUUACAAGGACAAGGAAAAGAAUUAACUACGGAAACGAAAUCAAAUGCAGAAAAGGAGAAUGACGAUGGAGAAGAACCUGUUCUGGCUAUGGAUAGAUUGGAAAAAGAAUUAGCAGCUGAAAAAGAAAAGUUACCUCAAUCUUCUUCUUCUGUUCAACCAAAGGAAAAGAUGUGGGGUCAUGAAGCUUAUGAACAAAGCCAAAUUCAGGUUGAGAGGAAGUUCGUCCCUCCAGUACUAUCAAGAGGUGGGUUUAGAGGUGUACCAAGAGGAAGAGCAAGAGGUUUCGGCCCUCGAGGAGGUUUCUUCGGACAACCUUUCAGACCACCUUUCCACCGACCACCAUUCGCAUCUCCCGCUGCUCCUGCGGUAGUAUCAUCAACGCCAACGUCCGAGAACGUCGUUCCUUCCACACCCGCCGUAAAAACUAUUGCAUCGCAAACAGCUGCUUCAGCAGAAUUGCAAUCCACUCAGCCUGACGUUGAUGAUCUCCUCGGUGAAUCUACUCAAGCUGUCACCAUCAAAUUACCGGGUUCUUCAGAUUCUGUCGAAGUGACUGUAGUUGUUCCUCCUUUAGAGCCAAAAUCUCUCUCGAAUGAUGUUGUCUCCGCCCCUUCUACAGAAGUCUCCGUGCCAGCAAUCAAAACACCCGAGCUCAACGCGUCUGGCCAAGCUAUCUUAUACACCUCUCCAGUCCCACCUCCGCCAGUACCUCAACAACCUCAAGCCCGGCCUGCGCCUGCAGCUUACGUCAACGCUUCCUCCACCCACUCACCUAUGUUCCCUCAUAUUACUACCUCCUCACCUUUCCCUGCUGGCUCAGAAAACGGUUCGAUCAGCAGUGCCGGUUUGAGUUACAGCCAUUUCGUUCCUGCACAUUUACAACAACCUACAUCUGGUUAUGUGAUAGGAACAGAAUUUGUUCCGUCUGCCGCCAGACCGUUUAGCCAGAUGAACAAUGGCCAACCCAAACCUUUCUAUCCUGGUGGACAAGGUCAAGUCAUGGCACCUAGAUCAUAUCCCAUUCAAAAUCAACAUCAACAUCAACAUCAACUUCAAACCCUUCAAACUCAAACAAAUCAACGACCUUAUUACCCACAACAACAAUCCUUCGAAUACCAACCACAAUCACAAAGAGGAUCAUUCUCUGGGCCACAACAGUUCUACCCUCAACAAGCUAACGGUUAUGUUGAUGGAAGAGGUUCACCGUUCGACGGAUCACCCGGUCCUUCACCUUAUGGCGUAGGAGCCGGAGCAGGACAAAUGAAUUAUUUCGCACCAGCAAGACCUAGCCAGAAGAUAUCGAUCAAACAACCUAGCAACUCUGACUCUUCUCAACAACCAGAACAUGAAAUAUCAUACAACGGUCAGCAACCGCAACAACCUCAAUUUGCAAGUCUAACAGCAUCUUCAACUUCCCAGCAAGGUUAUUAUGAUCCUCAACAUUAUAACCCAUAUACCACACAUUCUCAAAAUCAAAGCCAUAAUCAUAACCAACUUGACCAAAGUUAUUAUAACGGUAAUGUUUAUAAUGACCCCAAUGGUUUAGUAGGGUAUAAUCAUUGGGAUGGUCAAAAUGGUUAUUCAUACGAAGGCGAUUAUGGUUAUUAA